AUGGCACACAGCCAGAAGCCUCUAGCCAGGACCCCCAUCAUCAAGGUGAAGGGCCAGGACUUUAACUUCUUGCAGGAUCGUUGCCUCAGCAGAGGUCUGCUGUUUGAGGAUGAGACUUUCCCUGCCAAGACAUCUUCCAUAGUUCUGCAGCUGCUCCAGGGACAAAACCUCUCCAGCAGCCAAAGGAACCUGAAAUGGAGACAGCCAGGGGAUUUAUCAAAGGGUAAGUCAGAGCCUCACUUCACCCUGGAAGGCGCGAGAAGAUCUGACAUCCAACAAGGACAGGCACAAGAUUGCUGGUUCCUGGCAGUGCUGGGCUCCUUACAGAACCCACAGCAUCUGCAGAAGAUCCUGAUGGACCAAACCUUUUCACACCAGUAUGCAGGAAUUUUCCGUUUCCUAUUCUAACAGUGUGGCCAGUGGGUGGAAGCGGGUGAUGAUCGCCUGCCUGUCCUGAACAAGGAUUACCUCUUUGAGCAUCCUCGGGACACCAAAGAGUUUUGGCCCCGCCUGCUGGAGAAAGCCUACGCCAAGUUUCGAGGGGCCUAUCUCCACCUGCACUCCAGCUACCUCCCCGAUACCCUGGGGGACCUCAGGGGAGGGGUGAUCACCAGUGUCACCCUGCACUCCUUCUCUACCAACCUGGUGAUGAUGAUGAAGAUGGCGGCCAAGGCCAGCUCCCUGAUGACCUGUGCCACCCUGGUGUGGCCGAAAGGUGAGGCCACAGGAAUGGAGAGUGGCCUGGUGAGUCAGCAGGCCUACACAGUGACGAGAGUGAGCAGAGCCUGGUACAGGAGUGGCUGGGAAGAUCUUAUCUGCCUGUGGACCCCCUGGGGCAACACCGAAUGGAGAGGGCACUGGAGGGAUGGGUCUCUGGAGUGGCAGGAAACCCGCAACCAAUGGAAAAGCCAGCUAUAUGAGAAUAAAGACAAUGGCGAGUUUUUAAUGUCAUGUCAAGAUUUCCAAGAGAACUUCUCCUGCCUGUAUAUAUGUAACCAAUUUCCUUCAGUCAACCUGGACCAUGCAAACAUACCCCAUGAAAGAUGGUCCCAAAUGAUGUUUAAGAACCUUGCGAUUCCAGGAAACACCGCAGAAGGACUUCAGAGGGACACGCAGUGCAUAUUCUCUGCUGAGAGCCUGGAAGCCAACAAUGUCGUCAUGUCCUUGGAUGUCAUGCCACAAAAUUUAAAGGCAAAAGACAAGAAAUGUCCACUGAGCUUCAAUGUGUUCAAGUGCGCCCUCACGAAGCGCUUCAGUCUGAAUCCUGGGACCUACGUGGUGGUCAUCACUGCAUACAAAGAAGCAGUUGAGUUCCUGCUCCGAAUCUUCCUGAAAAUGCCAGACAGUGACAGGAACCUGGGCAGUGAUUUCAAUCUCAGAGCAUUGAAGGCAAGUCUUCGAGAAAAUGGCUUCCAACAAAAUAUUUUCUACAAAUAUGCUCAUCAGGGACUGGACAUUGAUGCCACCCAGCUUCAGGGCCUUCUCAACCAGGAAUUCCUGAAAGGACCUCCAGGGGACACUUUCUCUUUGGACGAGUGCCAGAGCAUCAUGGCUCUGAUGGAUCUGAAAGUGAAUGGGCGACUUGACCAAGAGGAGUUUUCAAGGCUGUGGGGGUGUCUUGUCCACUACCAGAAUAUUUUCCAGAACACCCAGGAGAACACUGGAGUUUUCCUGAGCUCAGAUUUGUGGAAGGCCAUAAAGGAUACAGACUUCCUUGCGGGGAUCUCCAUCAGCAACGAGCUGCUGGUCCUCAUGACUCUCCGGUAUAGCCAUAGCUCCAGCACAGUCAGCUUCCCCAGCCUGGUCUGCUUCCUGAUGCGGCUUGAAGCCUAGGCAAGAACUUUCUGGAACCUCUCCAAGGAUGGAGAAGGACGCUACCUGACAAAAACGGAGUGGAUGAACCUGGUGAUUUACAACUGA